UGAUGGUCGACGGUGCUGGUACAGUCGUGGUGGGUGCUGGGCGCUGGGCGUUGGUGAAGCCGAUGGUGGGCGGUAGUAAGUCGAUGGUGGGCGUUUUGCGCUGGGAGGGUAGUCGGUGGUUGGAGCUGGGCAUUAUCCGACGCUCGGCGGUGGGCGCUAGCACCUCGCAUGAGGAGGAGGAGGAGGAAGAGGAGGAGGAGGAGGAGGUAGAAGAAGAGGAUGAGGAGGAAGAAGAGGAGGAGGCCCCGACGAUGGAGGAGAAGGAAGUGGAGGAGGAGGAGACGAUGGCGACGGAGGAGGAGGAAGGAGAAGAAGAGGAGGAGGAGGAGCAAGAGGACAAGGAUGUGGAGGAGGAGAAGGAGGACGACGACAACCAGGAGGAUGACGAAAAGGAGGAAGAGGAGGACGAGGACGAGAAGAGGAGAAGCGGGAGGAGGAAGACAGGAGAAGCAAAAGGAGGAGGAGGAGGAGGCAAGGGAGAAGGAGGAGCAGGAGGAGAUUGACGAAGAGAAGUUGGCUCACCUGGCAUGAGCGGGUGAUGGCGCGUGGGGUGGCGGUCGUCGACGUCGGAGUUCG